UGUGUAUUGCACCUAACUUAACGUUACAGUCAGCUAGGUUAUGUUAAACAAAAGCACGAGUACUUGAGCAGCCUGUUUGUUUCGACGAUAUUACAAAAUUUGAUACAAAUAACCAAAUGGGUCGAUUAGCAGAGGUAGCUAGCGAGCAGUCAUCCGAAAAGUGUAAAACUUUUGUAUUUAUGGGCGAAGGUUAUACUUUGGGAAACUCCUUGGUGGCAGUGAUCACGCAAAAUCCCGACGUAGAAUUCUGUGCUUGUUUCGUCAAUCAUCCUGCAGAAGGAAAUAUAUAUGUGAGGAUCCAGGCAAAGACAGGAAAAGCUAUAGACAUAUUAAGGAAAGGAUUGGAAGAUCUAGAUAAAAUCUGUGACCACACUUUAGAAACUUUUAAAAAUGCCUAUGAACAAUUUAAACCCUCCAAAGAAAUGUGUGUGGAUAGUACAUAAAUGUUUUUAGAAAAAUAAAAAUUUAUUAUAUGUAAA